AUGGUUAAAAAAGCAUUGAACCCAUUGAAAAUAGAUUUCAAAAAGUGCAUUGUUGAGGAUUGCCUUCUGCAAAUACGAAAUGAGAAAAAUCUCGAGGAGCCUGAGUUGAUAAAUGUCUGGACUAUUCAAAUCAAUGCUAAGGAUUCAAAAUUGCUUAUAGAUUUUAUUAGAAGCAAAAUUCUGGAUGAAGAUGGAAUUUUUUUGAACCAUAUCAAAAGGAUUAGAAAAGUGGAGGGGCCGAAGAAAAUGCUGGAGGUUGUAUUAUGUUCCACAGAAUUUGCGCAAGAUGAAGCAGCUUGCAUGUCCCUGCUUACCAACUGCGGAUUCAACUAUCAAAACCUAAGCUGCGAAAAUCUGAUUCCUAAGCAAGGAGCGCCAACGAAGGAGUUGGCAAUUGAAUGGUCCGAACUCUAUUGGCCCUUAAAUUGGUGCGGAAACCCGAAUGAUCAGAUUCUAAAUGAAUACACAUUCGAUAUAGAUUUUAUCAGAGAAAAGCUGGCUCAAAUAACGUCGAUUUCCCAAGAAGAAGCAAAAAAAGGAAAUAAAGUCCCAGUUGUGACAGCUUUCGUCAACCCAUGCGAUGCAGAACACCCUAUAGUUUCAACAGAUCAACGUAGCGAGGUAAAUGAUCUUGUUUUAGACCACAGCAUAAUGAUUGGAAUUAGAAAAGUUGCUGAGGACACGAAGCUAAAAGAGUCACAAUUGACCGAUAGCACCAUUGGAACUGAUUCAACGUACCUCUGUCUUAAUUUUGAUGUUUAUACCACGCAUGAACCAUGUUCAAUGUGUUCAAUGGCUUUAAUACAUUCUAGAGUAAAAAGAUGCAUUUUUAUACGACCUAUGUCGAAAACAGGAACCUUGAGGGCUGAUAGUGGUGAUGGAUACUGUAUGCAUUGCAACAAUUCCUUAAACUCAAAAUUUGAAGUUUUCCAAUGGAUCGGUAACGACUUCGCACCAAUUGAGAUCGAGUCGAACUUGUGUGCCUAG